GAACUCUCGAAGUUAUUAUAUUACAUCGGUAUAUGGUUGAACCUGUGCAAUAUAAUUACAACUGCACCCUUCUGUCGAACAGAAAACUGCAUGCACGCGUACCCAAGGAAGACCUACGACGGUUACCACGGUGAAACCACUAUCACGACAUGGGGAUUACCAUCUUACCUCGGGCAAUACGCCAGCAGCGAAAGGCAGGCUUUAUCGUUACGAAUAGACCUGCUUCGAAUGGUGGUCCUUCACAGGGGGAGAGAGAGACCCAUUUGGAGAACAUCCUGGUCACUCCAACUGCUCAGGGCACUGAGAGCAUAUGGAGCGGUAUAGCUCUUCCCUGUCAUGCUCAUACAAGUUAUGUGUUGUCUGUCAAACGCCAUACAGGGCACUACAUGUGGCCAAAGCCAAUGUACGAAGUGUAUCUCCUGAUUGACCAAGUACUGUGGUGAAGAAAGCAAAGAAUAAUGAGGGCCCAGGACGCGUCUUCCACUGUCGAGACGACCCCGACAAUUUAUGGACAAAAAACUCUUCUGGUUGUAUCUGGAGUACUGAAACUAGAUACGGUCUCUUUUUUUGCUGUGACUCUCCUACAGCCAUACUCACAACUCAUAUUCGGUGUGACUAUAGAUGACAUCAACAUCUGAGAAAAAU